UUUUUCGAAGUAUUGCAACAAAUCAAGCUCGCUCGCACUGGGGUAGGAGUCCGAGUGGGGAAGACCUUAGUCCUCCCUUACCUCUAGGGUUUCAAGUCCGUUCACCGGCGCACCGAUCUUCCUCACCCCAAUAAACUGCAGUCAGAGACUUCUAUUUCCAAUCUUACUGUAAUCCUAAUUUAGGAAAAGGGAUGGGAGAGAUUUGGGCAUGGCUGCUCUUUUUCUUCAUUCUCAUUGGUAUUCUCGUCAUGCUAGUUUUCCAGCUUGUGUGCUUGGCAGAUCUAGAAUUUGAUUACAUCAAUCCUUAUGACUCCUCAUCCCGGAUAAACAAAACUGUUUUACCCGAGUUCAUUACGCAAGGAGUUUUGUGCUUCCUUUUCCUCUUGACAGGGCACUGGGUUAUGUCCCUUCUCUGCAUUCCGUACUUAUAUUACAACGUGAGAUUGUACAUGCGAAGACAGCACCUCGUAGAUGUAACUGAGAUAUUUAACUUGCUCAGUUGGGAAAAGAAACAACGGAUUAUCAAACUUGGUUACAUUGUAGUACUUCUCUUCAUAUCCUUGUUCUGGAUGAUUUACAAUGCACUUGAAGAUGACGAUUAGUCACUAUAGUUUCACAUUUCGUAUUUGGCUAAGUACAAGCACCACUUGGAUCACAUCAAGACUUGCAUCAAUUACAUGUUUGGUAAUGAGUAUUGAGUAUUAGAAGGUAUUCGACAGUAUUAAGAAAGAACAAUAAGUUAAAAUCAUUUUUAUUAUACUGUCUAGUUUUAUUCAUUAUUAUGUACCAAACAUGUUGUGAUUAACCCAUUUUCUUUUGUAACUCACAUUUGUAACGGACGUCUAUGAAAAUAGGCUGCUCUUUUUUAGCUUUGAUUGUAAUAGUAAGUAGGAUUCAUGUUUAUCCAUGUUUUGGUAUUAUUGAUUUUGUGACCCAGUUUUCUUA